AUGAUGUUGUCUCGCAGCGUUUCCAAGGCACUAGCUGCUCUUCCUUCUACCACAAGAGGAGGAUUGAGUACAGUCCGUGUUUUCUCCAGCGCUCCCAACGAGUACCAACAACCCAAAGAGCCAAUGAACAUUCCCAAGAACUCGUUGAUUACGAGCGAAGACGGAGUUCAUCAGACCGUAAAAGUCUCCAAAACCUGGAGAAACAAGCCCCUCUUUCGUCGUCAAGGAGAUGUUCGUUUCAAGACCGGCAUGGAAGCUUCCAACUUGAUUAUCAGAGAAGCCUUGAGACGAGAUGCCCACGAGGCCGAAUACAUUGAAUCCCUCACGGCCACUUUGCAGUGUUUGUCACCAAUUUUUGACCGAAACCCAAAGUACGCCUUUGUGGCCAAGACACUCAUUGAGCCGGAACGCUUUUUGCAAUUCCGCGUGGCGUGGAUUGACGAUCUUGGGAUCAAUCGACUCAAUCGAGGAUGGAGGGUCCAAUAUUCGUCGGCACUUGGGCCCUAUUCCGGUUCCCUCCAUUUCGGACCGCACAUGACCCACAGCGUGGUGCAUUGUCUAGGAUUUGAUCAAGUCUUUGCCAAUGCCGUCACUGGAUUCCCACGUGGAUCCGCUGUGGGUGGAUCUGAUUUCAAUCCAUUGGACAAGUCGGAAGGAGAACUCCAACGCUUUUGCCAAUCCUACAUGACCGAAUUGGCCAAGUACAUUGGACCAGAUCAAGAUGUUCCAUGGAUGGGAGAAGGUGUCGGACAGGAAGAAAUGGGAUUCAUGCUUGGUCAAUACAAGAGAAUCAUUGGACAAAUGCCUGCCAACUUUUUGUCAUCUUCUCAAUUUGAAAGUGCUCCCGGAUUUGGACUCGUUCACUUUGGCGAAAAGUUGCUCCAAGACAAGGGAGACUCGCUCAAGGGCAAGCGCUGCUUGAUUAUCGGUGCCGGCAAGGUGGCACGAAGUGUCGCCCAAAAGCUAUUGGAGUAUGGAGCCGUUCCCAUUACACUCAGCGAUGCCAGUGGUCACGUCUACGAACCCGAGGGUAUCACCGAACACAAAUUGUCCACCAUUGAUACCAUCAAAUCCGAACGCGGUGCUCUUUUGGGACGAUAUGUCAUGUCCUCCACCACUGCCCAAUUCAACAAGCCAGAAAACUUGUUGGAUAUUCCAUGCGAUAUUUGCAUUCCUUGUGGAGAGAUGCACGGAAUGGAUGAAGCUGCCGUCAAUGCAGUUGCCGAUUUGGGAUGCAAGCUCGUCUUGGAAGGUGGUCAAGAAUGUGUCACUCCCGCCGCCCGCAAGGUCCUCAAGAAGCGAGGUGUCCUAUACGGACCUCAUACCAUGACCAUGUCUGGACCAGCCAUUGUCCAUUCCUUGGGCCCCCAAGCUACGGACGAAGAACUCAAGACUGAAGUGGAUCGCAUCUAUCAAGAAAUCAAGACCACGGCCAAUGAGUUCAAUUGCCGUGGUGAUCUGUUUGCCGGAGCUAACAUUGCUGGAUUUUUGCGCAUUGCCAAUCAAAUGCUCAAGCAUGGGGCUGUAUAA